AUGCCUUCUCAAGCGGUUGGCAAGUACUUGGAUCGCAACAAGCUGAAAAAAAGACUGGAGGAGAAAUAUGGCACAAAGUUCGAUUUCAACAUAGUCACGUCCCAGAGCGGCACGAAUUGGGAUUAUCCUGAUGGUCACACCGGGCUAUCCGAGGAUGAGAUCGAGCAGUGCCAGAAAGAUCCGCCUCAGGCUUGA